AUGGCACCUAACCCGAUAGCUGUUGGGGGCCUCCUCCGACAGGUCAUACACUAUCACCUCGACAAUGCCUCGUGCGACAAUGCCCUGUUCUUCGCCGAACGGCUGACGGCCCAGGAGCCCAAGUCGAGCGACGCGCUUCAUCUCUAUGCCCUAUGUCAUCUCCGAGUCGGCGAUUUCCGCUCCGCGUACGACGUGGCCAAGCCCAUAGGAUAUCGUGGCAUUCACCUGGGCUGUGCUUGGGUAUUCGCGCAGGCAUGCAUGGCCUUGGAACGUUACAAGGACGGCAUCGUGGCACUCGAGAAGUCGAGGGGUCUGUGGUCCCAGAAAUGCAGCAUUGGCAAGCACUCGCCCACGACUCGAGCCGCGAACCCUGACAUUCCCACCGUGCUCUGCCUCCUCGGCAAGCUGCAUCGUGCUUACGGAGACAAGAAAAAGGCCGUCAGCUGCUUCGAGGAGGCCCUCAAGAAGAAUCCCUUCAUCUGGGAUGCGUUUACCGCUCUCUGCGACAUGGGCAUCAAUGUCCGCGUGCCAAACAUUUUCAGAUCCAAUGAGGUCCUGACACAAAGCUUCGAGCUUGAGCCUGGCUCGGCCCUUGCCGACGGUCGCGAAAAUAUCUCGGCAAACCCUCUGGAUCCACUGUCGAGACGACCUGCCGCGCGUAGUGUCACGACGGAACUGGGCAUUGACCCGUUCAAUGGAAGCUUCCCCCAUGCUGACAUGUCAAGCCCGGUCGUCGACAUGUUUACUGAGCCCGGUGAUGACUUCAUGUCCAAGAUUCAGAGCGCCAGGCUAAGGCUCGCCGCCUCGACCAACAGCCAGCCUUCUGUGGAUGCGAUGGAUACUCCCACGGGGACGCCGCUAACAGAUCCAACCGCCUCGCGCUCGGGAUACCCAUCACACGAUCCCCCGCAAGCCCCGCCCCGAAGAGCACGCAACGGACAGCCCAUUGACCAUGGCAUAGAGGCACCGCCGCGGAUGAACUACAGGCUAGGGGCAAAGAGGAACGUCAGGCCACAGGAGAGGGGCCAAGAACAGCCUCCAGACCUCAUGUCUGACGCGCCCAACGCGCCGAUGGCCGGCUUCCGCUCGGGGGCGUUGAACACCGCCGAUAGGAAACGGACCUUGUCUGGACACCCGGUGCCUCGGUCGGCGAACUCGGAGGAGCCGGCGACGCGGCGCAGCGCCAGGCUGAACAUGUUCAAGCCCUCGACCAGGGCCAACGCCGGAGCGUCAACGAUUGGAGCCUCUGCCGGGCGCGAGCUGAAGAAGGCUAGGCCCCCGGUCUCACGCAUCGUUCGACCGGGUUCCAGCGGCUCCAGUGUUGGCAGGGUAGUCAGCGGCAACCGGAAGCCCCUCGAAGACCCCGGUGACGCCGAUCACGGGCAGUUGCUGAGGACCAAGGAGGCGCCGCAGCCCGCGGCAUCGAGGCUGCCAGAGCCGGACGCGGCCAAGAUGGAGGAGGCGCUUAGGUGGAUCCUCGAUCUCGUCAAGAAGCUCGGCGGCGGAUACUACUUGCUCUCGCGGUUCCAGUGCCAGGAAGCCCUGCAGGCGCUGAGCGCACUGCCGUCCGCUCACCAAGGCACGCCGUGGGUGCUGGCCCAGAUGGGCCGCGCCCAUUACGAGCAGGCUUCGUACGCGGAGGCGGAAAAGUUCUUUAGGAGAAUGCGUGUGCAGGCGCCAUCCCGGCUGCAAGACAUGGAGGUGUACUCGACCAUCCUGUGGCACCUCAAGCGAGAGACGGACCUGUCGUUCUUGGCGCACGAGCUCGUCGAGUCGGCGUGGCACUCGCCGCAGGCAUGGUGUGCCCUGGGCAAUGCGUGGUCGCUGGCCCGAGACCCGGAGCAGGCGCUCAAGUGCUUCAAGCGCGCCACGCAGUUGGAUCCCAAGUUUGCGUACGCCUUCACCUUGCAGGGACACGAGCACGUCAGCAACGAAGAAUAUGAAAAGGCGCUCACGGCGUACCGGCAGGCCAUUGCAGCCGACCGGCGGCACUACAAUGCCUACUACGGCAUCGGCAGGGUCCAAGAGCGACUCGGGGCGUACGACAAGGCGUACGACCACUUUUACGCGGCGCAAAUCAUCAACCCGAACAAUGCGGUGCUCAUCUGCUGCAUGGGCACGGCGCUGGAGAAGCAAAAGCAGAUGGUGCAGGCGCUCAACGCCUACACCAGGGCGGCCGACCUUGCGCCGCGGGCGGCUCAGACCCGGUACAAGAAGGCCCGGGCCCUGCUAACGGUGGGGCAGGUCGAGGCCGCGCAGAGGGAGUUGAUGAUCUUGAAGGACUUGGCCCCCGAAGAAGCGACGGUGCACUUUUUGCUCGGCACGCUCUACAAGAACACCAACGAGAAGCAGCUAUCGGUGCGGCAUUUUACGAUUGCUCUGUCUCUGGAUCCAAAGGCUGCGCCCAAGAUUAAAGAAGCGAUCGAGAGUUUCGAGGACGUACCGAUGGACGACUCGAUGAUGGCAUGA